UCAUCCAUCUACUGCCCAAAAUACCUCAAAACCAUAUUUUGUGUCUCCAAAAAAAAAAUACAUCUCCCAUUUUCCUUCAAAACCAUGACCACAUACAUCUCAUACAACACCUAAACCAUAAAACUACUCUUUCUUUCUCUCUUUCUACUGGUACAACCAAAAAAACUCCUCUCCAAAAUCUGAAGCCCCCCCCAAAAAAUAAUUUUCACAAGGAAAAGGGUCUGUUUCUGUUCCAAAUUAAAAACCCCCCUCUGGUAUUGUCUCUCUUUGCAAAUUUCUUCUAAUUCUUUCCGCCAAAUCAGAGAAAUAAAGCGCGGGACAUCAAAAAUCAAUCCGAUAAAUGGAUCCAUUCUUGCCCUAGAUUCUCGUUCACCCGCCAAAUCCAUUUGGUAAAAUCCAAUUUCUCUUCUUGUUUUUUCGAUUUUUGUUUUGAUUUUCAUAAUUUUCAUGGCAGAAGGUGGAUUGAUUUUAACUAAUGAGUUUAAUGAGUAUUUCAAAAUCAUUCAUGAUCUUAAACAAAGUGGGUUUUUGUUAGAUUUGGGUUCGGUUAAAGAAGAUUCUUCAUCUUCUAGCAUGAAAGUAAUUAGUAGCUAUAAAUCUGAUGAUGUCGAAAAUGUUAGGAAUGAUGAGACUAUUGGGAUUCGAUGUUGGUUUGAAAGGAAUUUGUCGAUAUAUCUGAAAGAAAUGUAUGAGAUUGAGAAAGUUGUGAGACCUUUACCUGUUAUACUAGGUAAUGGUGAAAAUGUCGAUUUCUUUCGAUUGUUUUGUGUUGCUAGAAAGCAUGGUGGGUACCGUAAUGUGACUGAAAUGAAAGUGUGGGGUGCAGUUGGGAAGGAGUCUGGGUUGUGGGAUGGAAUUGAUUCGUGUGUUAAAUUGGUUUAUAUGAAGUAUUUGGUUGUGUUGGAGAAGUGGGUGUCGAAGGUUUGUGGCGAGAAUGGGAUUGAUGGGGUGGUCGAUUUGGGGGAGUGGAAUGAGAAGCUGUGUUCGGUGUUGGUUGGGUUGGAGGAGGAGUUUAGAGGGUUUGUACGAGAAGAGAGGGAUGAUAAUAAGAAGGGAAAGGUGGGUAGCGAGAUUGUUGUCGUCAAAGAGAAUGGGUUGGAAUUGAUUGCUGUUGGAGAUGAUGGUACUAGUGGUAGUGGUAGUGGUGGUGGUGGUGGUGAUAAGUGUGUUAUGGACGAAGAUGAAGAUGUUGUGAUAUUGGACGCCAAUGCGGUUGAUGUGGAUUUGUUUAGUAGAAAGAGAAAGAAAGAAGAUAGAUUUUUAGAAAUGUUGAAUUGGCUAAUGGAUAUUGCUAAGGAUCCUGGUGGUUCUUCGGAGGAGAAGUUAGCGGAAGUUUCUAUGUACAGUGAUGCUAACGAAUGUUUGAAGUUACAGGGUUUGGCUCUGUCAGCUCGCAAAGUUCGGCUACAUGGUUUUGUUAGUGGAGAAAGUUCACUUUCGCAGAAAAAGCAGAAAGUUUGUCCAUCCAUUUACGAUGAUCAAGUCAAAGGGAGGUUAAGAUGCAGUGAAAGGCUUCAUUCUCGUAAGGGUCGCAAAACCUCUCACUUGCACUCGUCUUCUGAGUCAGCUGUAAACUCCCGAAAUGGCAGGGUUACAAAUACAGGAACCGAGUCGGACGUGGCAUCUAAUUCUGAAACUGCAGAUCCAUUUGAUGAUCGUUAUCAUGAAAAGUAUGUUGCCAUUGGUACACUCCAUCAAGCCGAAAUACCAGAAUGGGUUGGCGAGGCUUAUGUUGGUGACCCUAAAUGGUUGGGGACACAGACUUGGCCGUUGAUAGAUGCUAAUCAAAAUUCAAUCGUCGAAACAGAAUCAAUCGGCAAGGGUAGAAAAGACUCAUGUGGCUGCCAACUUCCAGGUUCUGUUCAUUGUGUUAGAUUUCAUAUCGCCGAGAAGAGGAUGAAACUUAAGCUUGAAAUAGGGACAUUGUUUUACAAAUGGAGAUUCCAUUCUAUGGGAGAAGAUGUAGCACUCUCAUGGACAAGAGAAGAAGAAAAGAGGGUCAAGGCAAUGGUGAGGUUGAACCCCCCAUCAUUGGAGAAAUGUUUUUGGGACGAGGCAGUGAAAUGUUUUCAGACCAAAACUUGGAAAAGUUUGGUGGGUUAUUACUUCAAUGUGUUUUUAUUACGUUGUCGAUCGUUCCAAAACCGGGUGACUCCUGAUCACAUUGAUAGUGAUGAUGAUGAUUCUGAUAUUGAGUCUGCAAGUAAUGGUUCUGAGAAUCAAAAUGCUGGUAGGCUUCCAGGUCCUGUGCAUGCAAGUAACGGUUCUGGGCUUCAAGAAGCUGAUAGGCUUCCAGGUUCCAGUUAUGUCAGGAAUGGCCUCGGGCAUCAAGAUGCUGGUAGGCUUCCAGGUUCUGGGUACGUAAGUAAUAGUUCUGGGCAUCAACAGGUUGAAGGGCUUCCACGUUUGGAGUACGUUAACAAUGGUUCUGGCCCUGGGCAUCAAGAAGUUGAUAGGCAUCCAGGUUCCACUUCUGGUGCCCAAUCUAUGCUGUGUGUGCUGAACACUGAAUAUAUCGAAUUGGAUUAGCACGAGGAUUCAAAAUUCUGAUGUAAAAUCAAAGAGUUGAAAGACUCAAGAAUAUUUUCUUUUGAAGGAGACUGUUUGUUCACUGCCUUCUAUUUUCACCACUUGAAGAUAAACGGAUCCUUGAUGUAGAUGGUCGGCACGUAGAAAGUUGUUGACAGGUUUUCAGACUUUUCCCUCCGUAGCAGUUUUUGAGGAUGUAUUUCUGAGUCUUGUUUGCAGUUGGCACAUUUUGGUAUUCUUCCUGGAAACUUUCAUCUGUUGAAUCCGGUUUCUUCAGUAGGAAACGGAAACAACAACUUAAACCCGAAGAUACUACAUAGCAAGAAACACAUAUACAGGCUCUCAAACCAGAAGUCGCUGGCGGUCUCUCUUUUCUUUUCCCUUCUCAAUUUCUUCACACUUGUGGAGUCGUUGAAAGCAGGGAAGAUUUAAAACUGUUUCUUGUUGAGAAACAAGAAAGAACCAGAUGGUUAGUUGCAGGAAAAAUGCAAAACUUCAGCAGUACACAGUAUUAUUACAUUUUGAUGGUUUGAAUUUCCCUUUCCUCCAUGAUUGCAA